AAAUGUGGACGAACAAAUAAUUUUUACGGUGUUUGUUCAGGUGAAACAAGUCGAAGAUGAAAAACAGUCACCAAAUUUUCAUUCAUAUUUUCAUUGCCUUGAUGUUUCAACUGAAAGACACGCGUUUUGUGAGAGGAAUGGACACAACCUGCGUCAUUCAAAAGAAGGAUCUCAAUUUUAAAGUGACCUGCUACUUUCCCACGGGCAUACAGAAACCCUUUGAGAUCAACUUUAAAAAACAGGGAACGUCACUGCCAAGAUAUGUUCUGCUAUGUGACUGGAACAAAGGACAAUACACUUGUGAGCCGCGGCAAGAUCGGUACAGACUGGAUGACAAAGUAGUGUUCAACAAACGUUCAGUCUCUUUAUGGAUGCUUAAUGCUUCGACUGAUGACAUCGGAAUCUACAAGUGCGACACCUAUAGCUCUCAAAACAAGGAAUGCUUUUUAACCAAGGAAUUAUAUUUUGGCAGCCACACCACAACGAAGCAAGAUUCUGUGUCUGGUGACCAAGAUUCAACUACAACUCGCCUAAAGGAAGAUCUGAAGACUGGUGCUGUUAAAAACAUUGGUCCCAACACUGACACCGACUACACCCUCAUCAUAGCCGUGGCCUCUUGUGUGUGUCUGGUUGUCAUAACAACAGUGAUAACAUCAGGCCUUGUCUGCUGUGUGAAAGCCCGUAGAAGAUGCGAACAGACACCUCUCAAUCCAGACAUGAAUAUGACUUUUGCACACCUCAACGAGGCUUUACACGUUCUCAGCAUCUCCAAAGACCAGGCAAGAGACAUUUAUGAGGAAAUUCCAGAUCUUCCAAAGAUAUAUAGAACAUCUAGAGUCGGUUCGAACGCCAGCAGUAAGUCAGGGGUGAGGCUCCCGCCCAUUCCCACCCAGCAUCAAAACGAGUCUACAGCCACCCAACGUCCGACAGAACCCGAGGUAUCUAACGAUUUUGGCGGCUACCUUCACCCAAUGUGUGUGUCCACUGCACCGCUUGACAACAAAGAAUUUACAGACAAAUGUGUCCAGUCACCAUAGACACAAUGUCUACACGAUGCUGUCUAUACGAGCUACUGUAGUAUAGCAAGUCAGCGUACAACAGUUGAAUGUAGCAUCUCCAGGAAUAUUCUAUUUUAUUUAAAAUUUACUUUUUUCCUCUGCCACUGGGUUUCAAUUUUUUCAAUGCUUUAUUUGUUACAAGAUGCAUACAGAGCAUAGCAUUUUUUGUAAAGUAUGUCUAUCCGUGUUUAGCUUCAAAUACCUGUAUACCUAAGUCAGAUUGUGCGCUGGGAUAAAUAUUUCUGUAAAAAUGUAAACUAUGUAUCAGACUUUCAUGUGCUAUCAAAAGACAGUAUUUCACACAUGAGAACUGAUGUGUAUUUUACUCUGAAUUUUCAUGUUUGGUCUCAGACAAACCACCUUCAGAGUUUGUUCUUGUUUCUGGAGAGUUUUUAUGGAUGUCAAAUAACUAUAACAAGAAGUGAUGAAAAAGAAAAAAUACGUUCAAAUUGUUUUCGUAUACAAACCUCUGUACAUAUCUUUACACAGUUUUUCUCACUUUGAUGGGCGAAGAGUCUGUUUAUGUAAUGGGUUAGAGACAAAUUUGUCAUGCUAAUCACUUUAUUUGUUUUAUAAUUUGUUGUUUGCGUUUGUGGCCUUGCAAAAUGAUUGAAAACAUCUGAGUUUCUGUUUGAUGGCCGGUUUUAAAAAGGACUUGAAAUUUUGUGGGACAUUCUUUUCACUUGCCGCCAAAGGUUAGAAGAUUGAUAAGUGGAAAAUAUAUAAGCUAACUUUAACAGCGUGGUGGCCAACUUUUUGCGAAUUUGAUGCAUGUUCAUGAGUGGGACAAUACUUGUACUUUAUCACUUAAUACAGUCAGAAAGCUGCAGGUUAACCCUCUUGUGGCUGCAAUUACUACGCUUUGCUUUUCUGCAUAUUAAUAAUGUUGCAUCAGGAUUAUCAGUUGCUAAUAAAGCUUUAUUGCUUCUUCAAGGAGUUAUAUGUAGUUAUUUGUAAGGUUGUAAUUCACUCUGUAAAUCAAAUCUUUGUUACAAUCGCAGCUACAAACACUAGCGAAC